AUGGAGAGCUUUGUCCUGCCCACCAUUUCCAUCGGGGCCAUGCCCCAUGGCACCAGGACAAGAAGCCCGGAGGCCCCAUGCCCCUGGGGCCCUGCCAGCCUGUUUGUGGGUGCUUUCUGGGGACCUGGGGGGGUCCUGCAGUCACACCCCAUCUCUGAGCUACAUCGGUUUCUCCCCCAUGUCUUCCCAGCAGGAAUCCUCAAAACUGUGGGUGCUGCCCCUGGGAGCGCCAGCUCAGCCCCCCCAUUGCUGCUGCCGUGCCAGUGCAGCUCUCCAUGGGACGGCUCCAGUGGGCUGCUGGCCUGCAGCCCUGCAGUCCCAUCAGGCAGCGAGCUCCCCGCCCGCACCUGCACCAUCUACCGGCCCUGGUUCUCACCCUACAGCUACUUCAUGUGCACCAAAGGAGCUGCCCAGCAGCACCUGGGCAGCCUCUCCUCCAGCCUGGCCGCCAGCACCCAGGAGCCCGAGGAGCCCGAUGACCUCUCGGAUACCGUCUGCUCCUCCUCUAGCUCCUCAGACAAGCCCCAGCCCCCCAAGAGGGACAGGCUGGCCAGCGGCAGAGCCAGCAUCACAGUCCGGGACAUCCUUGCCGCUUCCCGGCGGCAGCCAGUACCCCAGCGCGGCUACCAGUGCGUGUCAUGCUGCCGCGUCUUCCCCACGCUGUGGUCGGUCAAGACCCACAUCCAGCACAGCUCCCAGGAGGGCUACAGCUGCAAGGUGUACUACCGCAGGCUCAAGGCCCUGUGGGAGAAGGAGCACAAUGAGCAAGAGGCUGCAGCCCCCAGGGUGCCCAUGUAG